AUGGGAGCUCCCAUUGCGGUCAUCAUCAUCAUCACCAUCAUCAUCAUCAUCACCAUCAAGCACCAGAUGAUCGUUUCCCAGAGAAAACUGUCUAAAUCCUUGUUGAAGCAUGGGAACACAGCAGGGAAAUCCUCCAUCACGGUGAUUGCUGAAGAAUUAUCUGGCAAUGAUGACUACGUUGAACUUGCAUUCAAUGCACGGAAAUUGGAUGACAAGGAUUUCUUCAGUAAAUCUGACCCAUUUCUGGAAAUUUUUCGUAUGAAUGAUGAUGCAACCCAGCAGCUUGUACACCGAACUGAGGUUGUGAUGAAUAACUUAAGCCCAGCCUGGAAAUCAUUCAAAGUAUCAGUCAAUUCUCUAUGCAGUGGAGAUCCAGACCGCCGGCUGAAGUGCAUAGUAUGGGACUGGGACUCCAAUGGCAAACAUGACUUCAUUGGAGAAUUCACCUCGACAUUCAAAGAGAUGAGAGGAGCAAUGGAAGGGAAACAGGUGCAGUGGGAGUGCAUCAACCCCAAGUACAAAGCCAAGAAGAAGAACUAUAAGAACUCAGGCAUUGUGAUUUUGAAUCAGUGCAAGAUCCACAAGAUGCAUUCUUUCUUGGACUACAUCAUGGGCGGCUGCCAAAUCCAGUUUACAGUAGCUAUAGAUUUCACUGCCUCAAAUGGGGACCCCAGGAACAGCUGUUCCCUGCACUACAUCCACCCUUACCAACCCAACGAGUACCUGAAAGCCUUGGUGGCUGUGGGCGAGAUUUGCCAAGACUAUGACAGUGACAAAAUGUUCCCGGCCUUUGGGUUCGGUGCCAGGAUACCCCCAGAGUACACGGUCUCUCACGACUUCGCAAUCAACUUUAAUGAAGACAACCCAGAAUGUGCAGGAAUUCAAGGAGUUGUGGAAGCCUAUCAGAGCUGCCUUCCCAAGCUCCAACUCUAUGGUCCCACCAACAUCGCCCCCAUCAUUCAGAAGGUCGCCAAGUCAGCAUCAGAAGAGACUAACACCAAGGAGGCAUCGCAAUACUUCAUCCUGCUGAUCCUCACCGACGGCGUCAUCACAGACAUGGCCGACACCCGGGAGGCCAUCGUCCACGCCUCCCACCUCCCCAUGUCGGUCAUCAUCGUCGGGGUGGGCAACGCUGACUUCAGCGACAUGCAGAUGCUGGAUGGUGACGAUGGCAUUCUGAGGUCACCCAAGGGAGAGCCUGUCCUUCGAGACAUCGUCCAGUUCGUGCCCUUCAGGAACUUCAAACACGCAUCUCCAGCUGCCCUGGCAAAGAGUGUGUUGGCCGAAGUCCCAAAUCAAGUCGUGGACUAUUACAAUGGCAAAGGGAUUAAGCCAAAAUGUUCAUCAGAAAUGUAUGAGUCUUCCAGAGCACUAGCGCCGUGAACUCCGCACGCUUUUCCAGAGUUCUGAAACACUAUUCCUGAUAACAUUUACUACUUCUACUACUCCUGUACUUAAAAAGACACACACACAUACACACUUAAAAAAUAGCACGUUUGGGUGAUUUUUAACUGACAAUUUUUUUUGCAUGUGUAGCCCUGAGGCCUGGAUCUGUUAAGCUCUUGUAUUGUCAAAGACUUUUUACAAGGAAACACAAAUAAUUGUAACUUACUCUUUACAUUAUAGCAUGUCGCCUUGAAAUAAAAUAUUGUCUGUAUCCAUUUUUUAUACAAGUUUGUCGAAAUUUUGCUAAAUUUCUUAUUAUCUUUACACUGUGAAGCAUUUUGAAACAUUUACCGAACGUCGAUAGCCAAAACAUAUUUGGUUUUAUCUGCUACGGGAUGAGAGACUUUUCAAAAUGGCAGAUGCAUGGACUGUAUUUUGCAUGUUUAAAAUAAAAACAAACCAACGA